AUGGAGACUCGAAAGGAGCGAGACCUUUAUAUUCCAAAGAAUGGAGAAACCUUUUUUGCGAAAGAUGGUACUGAGUCACAAGUCUUAAGCGAUGUCAUAGAUGAAAACUACAACCCAACAGAGGAAGAAGUUGAGCAAUACGCGCUGUCGCUGGGUAUGAAGUUGCCGGAGGACAAAAUGUUUCUGCCGAUAGCACGAGCGGGCCUCAAGGAGCUGCUUCCCCAAGAGUGGAGGCCCUGUCGUAAUAGUAAAAACGACCUUUAUUACUUCAACUUCAAGACGGGGGAAACCUCAUCGAAGCAUCCUGUGGAUUGCAUCUAUGAGAAACGAUACCAGGAGGCAAAGAGGCGACAACUCGCCGAACAGAAGAAGAACAGUGUCGGCAGUGCCUCUCCGAUGAGCACCGGCAUUCCUAGUCAAGGGAACGGCACCCCAAAAUCCCAAUUACAGCGGGAACUACCUGCGUGGGGCCAAGGUGUUGUUAAGAAGGCGGGGGAUGAUGCUAGUUUCAGCUACAGUACCGCAAACAAUUCAACCAAACUAGCUGGGGAAGCUUCCAUGGCUCGCCAAGCUCCCGCGCCUACAUCGAGUGAUAAGAGCCUUUUUGAUCGGAGCAUGGCGCUGUUCUCGGCGGAUCUUUUGGCCCCAGCGUUAUCCGUUUCAUUCAAUGCAAACGAAUCCUCAUCGCCACUUUUAGCCGCCUCCCAGCAGCGUAUUGUCUCUGAAUCUGAGUAUGCCUUAGAGGAGAGCAUUCGAGCCGAACUGAAAGAGUCCUUUGAGGCCGAAAAGUUAAAGGCGGAGAGUCUCCAAAAAAGCACCCUAGAGGCCAUGCGCAAGCAGCAUGAGGAAGAAUUACGUGAGAUUCAAAUAGAGGAAGCCAAACGCUAUGGAGACGAUGACUAUGCAGAUGCUGAGAUCGCUUUGGGAGAAAGCUUUAGAGGUCUCAGUAUAGAGGAGAUAGACGCUCAUAUUGAAAAAAAGUAUAGUACCCUUCUUGCAGAUUUAGAAAAGGAGGCGAAGAGCCUCGAGGCCCAAUUAAAGGAGUCACGUAUGGAGAAAACUCGCAAAGAGGAUCUCAUUCGUCGAAAUCAGCUAGCGGUGGAGAGAGAGGCUGCGGCGGAAAAAGAGAACAUGGUUAGAGAAAUGGAACUCGAAAUGGAGAAGUAUUUGGAGGACAAGAAAAAAGAGCUGGAUACGCUCUUUCAAACAAAGUCUGACGCAAUCAAGAAAAGCUCGAAGGCGAGUUUAGAACGGGCGCAGCAGAUGAUGAGCCGGUCAUUUAAACAAAAAGAAGCGCACGUUUUAUCAUCAACUGAGUUGUCUCGGAAGAGGCUAGAGAUAGAAAAGAAAAAAAUCGAAAUGAGUAUACGAAAUAUGACGAAUGCUCUCUCCUCUUUGGGCAUCGCGUCUGCCCCAGGUUCUGCGGCGGACAGUAGCCAAGAAAACUCGGCCGUUCUUACAGCUAUUAUCAACAAGAGGGAUACCGCCUGCGCCGAGCUGCGCACCAAGAUUCUCCAAGAACAGGAGGCGUUGCGUGAGGAGGAGGCGUUUUUUCCCCGUCUUCAGUCUCAACUCGCUGAUAAGAACGUUGCUCUCCCAUUGGCGAUACUGGUGGAUUCCACCAAGAAUAUCGAAAACCCAAGUACCGAUGCCUUUACUCCUAUUUCGGAUUCCCCAGUUGAAUGCGUGGAGGAUUCGUCAGAAUAUAACGCUAUACUAGAAUCGCUCCGCGCUGCGUACGCCAACGAAAAAGAAAGAUCCUUAGCCAACCUGGCGAAGGAGCGAGAGGUGAAGCUGAGAGCCCUCAGCGCUGAGAAUGCAAAAUCAGCCCAACUCCCUGCAUCGUGGGUAACGCCUUUGUCUUCCACGGGUCGAAGCCUGAGGUUUAUGGAUGAAGGCACACAUCCCAUCAUGAUAGAAGGAACUUCCAAUGCCCCCCUAAACCAAGCGCGCUACGAAUCCACAGAAGAGGAUUUGGCCAAACGUUUAGCUCAAAACUUUGAAAGAGCCCGGACUGAUGGUGCACAAUGGUUAAGCAAAGCCGGUGGCCACGAAGCUUUAGAUACCGACGUGGGCUCCUACGUUAAGCAGGGGUCCACUCCUCAUGGGCAACUCGCUCAGACCAAGCCUCAUCAAGAAGAGAUGUCAGGAGAUUUGGGCAAGCCCAUCACAAUCUCUACUGAUGCUGCAGAGUCUGAGAAAAACAAGGGGUUGGCGUUGGCUGAUAAUGAGAAGCAGACCCUUGAGCGUUGUACAGAAUAUCUACAAGAGGAAAAGCUUCUGCGUAAGAAGAUCGAUGAAGAGAUGGAGGUCUACUUUGCAUCGGAGAGGGAGAAACUUCAUCAGAAAGCAACUAGCACUCCUGCUGGAGCUGGUAAUUUCAGUAGCGCCGCGCCACGCCUAGACAAAUCUCAUAGUAAACGGCGUGAUUCAGACCUUCCGCAGCAAGCGGAGCUCGCUGAGAUGCGAGCGAUAAUAGAGGUGAAGCGACGGAAGGCGCAGGAGCUAAACGAACAACUUUCAAGAGAAGCUAGGAGUGAAUCUCCAAAUACCUAUCCUGAGUUCACCACAGUGCCACCUAGAUGUAUUUCGAGGGAUGCUUAUGAGGCCCGGAUGGCAGCCUUGGAGGAGAGCUAUCGUGAACAGGAGGAGACCCUCCGUAUGGAACUUGCCGAGUGGUCAAGGCGAAGGGCUGCGGCAACCCGUGAAAGCCCUUCUCCCGGCAUCACCAAGACGCUCCGGGGUAUUCAAGGGGGCAGGGGUGAGUACCACGUACGAGCCCAUUCGCAGUCAACGGAACCUGCGGCGGCUGACGGACUUGCGGCGUGGUCGCAGCCGAUGACAACCGCAGGCGACUUUCAGACGUCUGAUGCACUCCGGUAUUGGAAGCGUCAGAGGGAAUAUGUUACUGAACUGCAUCACGAUUUGGAUUCUCUGCGGCAGGGUAACGUCAGCACUGAGGCAUGUGGAGCCCAAAAGGAACCCCUUGGGCUGUUUUCUGUGCCACAAAGUGGUUCAGUAGCUCCCCCUCCUCCGUUCUCUUUCCAUGAACCCUCCCAUCUGCAUCGGACACAAUCGUCGGGGAUGCUGGAUUCGCAUCCCUUAAAGACACCCCGCUCUGCUGAAUUUCUUACGGUAUCUGUUGACGGCCUAAACAGUCGACUUUCCAAGUUAGUUUCGACGAUGACUGGGCAGCGGCACCAGUCGACGAGGCGCGAAGGGAGAUCGCAGUUAACGCCCAGUCACCAAGAUUCCUUGAGGAAGAAAUGGGACCAUGCACUUCAAGAGUACUUCUUUUCCAUUACAGAAGGCCCUUAUGAGAAUUUUUAG